AUGUCCGACAAGGGGACGAUGGGUACAAGGAAACUGUCAACAUCGGGGGAGUCCUUAUAUCAUACCUUAGGGGUUCCCAGAGGGGCACCAGAAGAAGACUUAAGGAAGUCUUACAGGAAGUUGGCUUUGCGAUUUCACCCAGAUAAAAAUCCAGACAAUCCAUCAGCAGCCGAGAUUUUCAAAGAAAUCAAUAGAGCCUAUCGUACUUUAACUGAUCCUGUGAAAAGAAGCAUCUAUGAUAAGUACGGAAGUUUGGGUUUGUCUAUUGCUGAACAGUUUGGUGAGGAAAAUGUGAACACCUACUUUGUACUCACGAACAAGUGGUGUAAGGCUCUUUUCAUAUUCAUUUUCCUUAUUACCGGCUGCUUCUUCUGCUGUUGUUGCUUUUGUUGCUUCAACUUUUGUUGUGGUCUGUGCAAGCCAAAAACUCCACCAGAUGAAGAUCUUGAGGCUAAAGUUCAACUUAAUGAAGAAGAUAUUGAUGAUGUAACACCGAUGCAGCAAUCCGCUCCACCGUAUAAUCCAUCUGGAUUUGGUAGUGAUUUUAGCACUGCAACACCAGGCAAUGAAUUCCCUUAUCCAACACCUGUGACUGUAGCCCAACAACAACCAAUCAAAUACCCGAACAAAUCUAAAAUCCAGCUGAUAGGUAUGUCGCUUCAAUGCUGCUUAAAUGAUUAG